UUUCUAAGAUAUAUUUAGUUCUUAAAAAUGAAGUCUCUACAUAAGAAAUAUGAAACCUUCACACUAAUCUGACGAACCUACCAUGAUGUUCUUACCCGCCAUUUGUCUCUCAACCAACAUAACCGCCACUUCAACUCCUCACAAACCAACACAAACACCCACCAAUCUUUUAAAAUCUUUGUCAAAAUCUGGUAAAUUAGAUGAAGCUCUUCACUUAAUUGAAUCAAACCCCACUUCUUUAUCUUACCCUAAUGUUGAUGCUUACUCUUCAUUUCUCCAUUCUUGUAUCUCUAAAAGAUCAUUACAUCAUGGUCAAAGACUCUAUCUUCAACUCCUUUUAUCAAAGAAUAAGACUCACCAGAAUCUUCUUCAAAACCCCAUUAUUAAAAGCAAGCUCAUCACCCUUUACACUGUGUGUGGCGAAAUUGAUGAGGCUCGAAGAGUUUUCGAUGAUGGGAAAUCGAGGGAUGAGGCUGUUUGGGUUGCUAUGGCAAUUGGGUAUUCAAGAAAAGGGCUUUUUAGGGAAAGUUUGGAGCUUUAUUGUGAUAUGUUGUGGCAAUGUGUUUGGCCUAGUAAUUUCGGGUUUUCGACUGCUUUGAAGGCGUGUUCGGAGCUGGGUGAGGUGGGGGUUGGGAGAAUGGUUCAUGCCCAGGUUGUGAAAGCGGGUGAUGAAGUUGAUCAGGUGGUGUUUAAUUCUCUUUUGAGGUUGUAUAAUCAAUGUGGGUGUUUUGAGGAUGUUGUGAAGUUGUUUGAUGAAAUGCCUCAACGGAAUGUUGUUACGUGGAACUCGUUGCUAGAUGGGUUGGUUCAGCGUGGUCAGUUGUUUGAGGCGUUUAAGUUGUUCAGGAAAAUGCAGGUUGAGGGGACUGGAUUUAGUUGGGUUACUCUUACGACGGUUUUAUCUGCGUGUGCUAAGGUUACGGCUUUAUGUAGUGGAAAAGAGAUACAUGCUCAGAUUGUGAAAUCCUGGGGGAAGCCUGAUGUGUUAGUGCUGAACUCACUUGUGGAUAUGUAUGCUAAAUGUGGGGAAAUGGAUUAUUGUAGUAGAGUGUUUGAUUUGAUGGGAAGUAAAGAUGUGACUACAUACAAUACAGUGCUUAAGGGCUAUACAAUUAGUGGGUGUAUGACAGAAGCAAUAAAGUUAUUCGAGGAAAUGAUUUAUUCUGGAUAUUAUCCGGAUGAGGUUACUUUUAUCGCCUUAUUAUCGGGUUGCAGCCAUGCGGGGUUUGCAGAUGAGGGGCGGAUGUUUUUUGACAAAAUGAGUGUGGAAUUUGGGAUCAAGCCAAACUUAGAGCAUUAUGCUUGUUUGGUUGAUUUGUUAGGUAGAUCUGGGAAAAUAAAGGAGGCUUUGGAGGUUGUAAAGAAAAUGCCUAUGAAGCCAGGUAGUAGCAUCUGGGGUUCAUUACUGAAUUCUUGUCGACUUUAUGGAAAUGUUUCCUUAGCAGAGUUGGUUGCCGCAAAGUUGUUUGAAUUGGAACCAAGUAACCCAGGUAAUUAUGUGAUGCUAUCAAACAUUUACGCAAAAGCAAUGAUGUGGGAUGGCGUUGAAAACGUUAGAAAAUCAAUGGAAAAUGAGGGACUACAAAAGGAGCCUGGAUGUAGCUGGAUGCAAAUAAAACAUAAAGUACAUACUUUUGUUGCUAGUGGGAGUUCUGCAUUUCGUGAUACAGAAGAAUUCAAAAAAGUUUGGAAUGACUUGACGGAUGCUAUGGAAAGAAUUGGAUAUGUGCCAGAUACAAGAUCUGUACUUCAUGAUGUUAAUGAAGAAAUGAAGACAGAGUGGGUUUGUGGCCAUAGUGAAAGGCUUGCAACAAUGUUCGGGCUCAUCCACACUGGAUCCGAGAUGCCAAUUAGGAUCACUAAAAAUCUACGUGUUUGUUUAGACUGUCAUAUAUGGAUGAAGUAUGUAUCCAAAGUAACAAAUAGAAAGAUUAUUUUGAGAGACACAAAUCGCUUUCACCAGUUUAAACAUGGAACUUGCUCCUGCAAAGAUUACUGGUGAUUGCACAAGUGGAAUAUUCAAAAUUGUUUGUAAGUUCUUCUUUAAAUAAAUAAGUAAUCAUUAUAUUCAAAGUUGAUAUUCUAGUGAGGCCGAGAUUAUGUCGUA